CGUGACAGUAUAAACAAACAGAGCUCUUGCGCAGCAAGUCGUAGAGCUUUGUUCGUCUUUAAGAUUUCCAAGAUGAAUCUGCAGAGAUAUAAAUGAUCCUUGAGAGGCUACAGAGUCAUGAUUUUACAGCACAUGAUAAUCUGCCUUCUCCUGAUACCCAACGGGCAGCCUCUCGUUGUCGUUCCAUCGAGAGCAGUCAUGGCCACAGUUGGGGAAGAGGUUGUUUUGCCGUGCCACAUUAAACCAGAAAUGGAUGCUAAUGGGAUGAGGCUGGAGUGGGCGAGACCUGACCUGACGCCCGGGUUUGUUUACGAGUGGGCAGACCAAAAAGAACAUGUAGUGAACAAACAGCCGUCAUACAGAGGAAGGACAUCAGUGGUUAAGGAAAAACUGGAACAUGGAGACAUUUCACUGAAAAUCUCAAAUGUGACCAUCUCUGAUGAGGGAACAUACAGAUGCCUUGUUCCACAAGUGGGUCAAGAGGCCUUCAUUAAGCUCAUUGUUGUGUCACGGGACCAAAUCCAUGGAGUAGAGGGAUUUUUCAGCCUUGAGGGGAGAAAGCUUGGGAUCCUCUUGUUAAUAAGUGCUGUGUCCUUUCCUACAGUUACUGUAAUAAGCAAAACCAGCAGCAGGGUGGUGUUACAGUGUGAGUCUGCAGGCUGGUAUCCAGAGCCUGAGCUGCUGUGGUUGGACGGUGAGGGAAAGCUCCUCUCUGCUGGACCUACAGAGACCCUCAGAGGUCCUGAUGACCUCUAUACUGUCAGCAGCAGAGUGACUGUGGAGAAGAGACACAGCAACAACAUCACCUGCAGAGUCCAACAGAGGAACACCAACCAGAGCAGAGAGACGCACAAACAUGUUCCAGUCCCGUCCUGGUAUUUGAAAUUGGUCUUGGUUCCGGGCUUACUCGCUGUGUUGGUGUCUGUUCUGUUGACCAUUCACAGAUGGCGACUGAGGAUUCCUGAAAAUGUUGAAAAAGAGGCGAUGCUCAAGAAUCCAAAUGUGUAAUUACCACAAGGAACAGCUUUGAUGGAGAACCACACAACUCCAAAGGGACAAGAACUUCAGAUCAAGUAAGAUCAGGAAGUGGAGCUUCUGAAAUGCCUGCAGGAAGCAGGGGAGCAGCUGAAGAAGCCACACAUUUCAAUGACAGGAAAAUAGGCUUUGAGAAAGAGUUUAUGUGAAUACAGUGACUAGUAUUGUCAAUAUUCCUGAACAAAGCAUAUGUGCUUAAACAGUCUUCAGCGUGGCUUUAGUCUCUCAGUCUGGACCUCUGUAUGUAUUUCUAAAUGGUGAUAACUCAAACGAGCCUUCAAUUCAUCUGUACAAAUUGCUUGUUACACUUCUUGUUGUGUUAGAGGACCUCUAGCAUCUGUAGUGCUGUCUACGACUGUUCCACAACCUUAAAUAUGUAUUUAUUAUUGUACCAAUGAUGAAAAAGGCCCUUUGACCUCCAGGGAUUACCUAUGAAAGAAAUCUUUACAGAAACUAAACCACAUAAAUUGUAGUUGUGAAUGUUCACUAUUAUACAUGGGAAAGUUUCACAUGAUGAGGUCAUGUAAUCACUUUUAUUCCGUUAUAGAGAGUGUUUAUCCUCAAUAUUUUCAUCUGAGACAUGCAGUUCUAACCGUGAGCACAAAAGGUCCCCUCACCACUCAAAUCUUCAGUUUAUGAGGGAAACCAAUCAGAUGAAAGUUGGCGUAUAGGGAGAGGAGCCAAGAAAAGACUGAAGAUGAACUGAAGUAUAAAACUGAGGCUUAAAAUCAAAGAUAAAUAAUUGAUUAUUUUGAACUGUGAACCACCCGAAGCUGCUUAGGAGUCCAAGAAUAAAACAUAUUGUGUUGGAAAUAAGCAGAAUAUGCUUCAUUUCCCAUUUCAAUGCAUUAUUGAAACUUUCUAACUCCUUCUCUGGUUUUAGAUGCACUAUUUCAGAAAAAAGCUACUUUGGGUCUGACCCAAAGUCACAGACUGACAAUCCUAGUGCAGCUAAUUUUGGUUAAAAAUGGUCAAUCAGGAGCAGUGAGCCUCAGGAUUGGAUCAUCUCCACGGCCAUAAUACAGGAAGUAAAAUUAAAAUCACUGUAGAAACCUCAAAAGACCCAAACUGUUUUAACUUCCUCUAGGCAACCAAAGAAGGGCUUCUUACCUCUAACCUACAGUUGAUCACUGUCACUUUCAUCAGCUGUUAAAUUUGCACUGAGUCCAAUAAUCUGUGAUAGCUACAAUGCUAAAUCAGAAGCAGCACUUUUCUGUGAGGCACCAUUCAUAAAGGUCUUGUAUUAGAAAGAGUUUUCAUAAUGAAUUUAAGUGCCAUGCAUGGUAGAGUCAAUCUGAUUAAUAAGAGCUAAACAACAUAGUUUUAAGGUCUAAAUAGGCUAUAUUUAUAUGCAGUCCAAAUCAAGAACACUUUAUUUGCAAAUGAGGAAGCACAUCUGUACAAUAUAUAAUAUGCAGAUAAAUAAUAAGUUAAGUUUUAUUUAUUUUGGUUCUCUUUGCAUUGACCUAUUCUUAAUUGUUGUGAUAGUCUUCCUUGUUUAACUGUAUGUACCUCUGUCUCUCUCCUUUAAUAUCAAAUUAAUGUAUUUCUAUUGAAAAAUAAUACUUUUUAAUACAAUCUCUUUAAAUAAUA